AUGGCUGGAAACCAACGUUCUGAGAAUGAGCCUUAUCGUACCUCUACCAUUUCCCAAGCAGCACGUGAGCUAGAAAUAGCUCAGCUGCUAGCUGGGCUGGCCAACAAUGACAACCAGGAAGCUCACAACAAUGGAUUGCCGAUACCCGGAGAUCUACGUGGAAGGUUGAACAUUUGGAAGGAUUCCGAUAGUGCAUGCCACAGGUACCACUGGGAACAUGUCAUCCUCGACGAGUGUCAAAACGUGAAAUGCAUUCGGACGCCACAGCACCAAAGCAUUGCGCAGCUUGCGCGAAACUCCUUGAUUGGUCUGACAACAACGCCUAUGUGGAACACAAUUGAGGAUUUCUUUGGUUAUCUCAGCCUUCUGGCUGGAGGACUCAAGGAGGAUAAGGAAGAUGACGUACCUUCCCUUCCACGCCCUGAAGGUGUUACAUGUGACAACCUCCGUGACCUGUAUACGGCAUGGUCAAAGGUUAAGGUCCUUCCUGAAGAUUUUGACUCUAUCCCUUAUGCAUUGCUGAAUCCUGCUAUGCUAGCUCGGUUGGCCCCGGGUGGACAAAUCAGCCCAGCUCUGGGUCAAGCUAUUUUCCCGUUCCUUCUCCGAGCAUCUACCAUGAUACGAUCUUUGGGGGAUAGGAUUGAUGGGGUUAAUGGCCAGGAUAUUGUUAUGGGCGCCCAGAUUCCACCCAUCAGGGUUAUGACGAACGAACUCCGGUACUCUCCCUCUGAACAGGACUACCAUGACAAGCAUUACAGAGCCCUGGUGGGGUUGCUAGAAAAUCAUUCUCCCCGUGGCGAAAAGGAGGGUGAGCCCGAGAGCCCUAUUUCCAUCGAGACCACAAGCGAAAGUAACAGCGACGAGGAUUCCGAUACCGGUUCUGACGGCAAAUCUGAUAGUAGUCCGAACAGUGAAUCUGACAGCAGUUCCGAGAGUGAAUCUGACAGGGAAGUUAUUCAAACAGGAGAGGUCAUGGUUGACCGCGAGUAUUUCGAAAUCUUCCAACGACUCUGCCUGUUAGGGUUCAACCCCCUCCUAGAUGACUUUCUCCGCAUUGUCGGCAGCCAUAAUACUCUCAGCGACGCAAUUACGCGGUUUAUCAGUGCACCAAAUCAUGGAUUUACGUUGUUCUGGGGUGUCACAUGCCCUAGCUUUUCGAAUCCGCGACCUCUAGAUGCAUUCCAACAGGUGAAAUACCUCAUUGCGCAGAGUCCACGCCUCGUACAGUUACUGCGAAUUAUGGACAUGGAAGGUGCAUUCAGGGAGCCCAGUGAGUCAGAAGCUCCGAAGCCUCGAUUUUUGCUACUAUCACACUGGCCUCUUGUCUGCUGGUUAGUGGAGAUGGUGCUCCGCCGCAUUGGGAUCCGAUCAGUGCUUAUAACCACCGCAAGCUCCCCAGAGGAGCGAGCGGCAGCAGUCGGCGAAUUCACAAACCCAGAUUCAGACUGCCAGGUCCUGAACACGACCUACAAUUGCGGAGGUACAGGUUUGGAUCUCCAUAGGUGCUGCCACAUCGUGAUCCUGAUUGAACAGGCACCGAAUCUCAAUUUGGAGACUCAUGCCAUUGGCCGGAUUCACCGAAUCAGGCAGACUCUCCCGCAAAGAGCAUAUCGCCUAUUUCAGGAACAUACGAUCAAUCGCUACAUCGCCGGAAACAACAUCUCCAAGAUGAUCCCCAAACUCGCCGCCCAAUACCCGGACUAUCUUAGCGAAGAGCUCGAUCGACGUAUGGCCGUCAAGGGGAAUUCCGGAGAUGAUGAUGACACUCGGUCUCGGGAAAACAAACUCUCGGAGAUCUGCGAGGAUCAUAUCCGUGACCUACUCGGUGUGGCUGAUGACCACCCGUAUUUCGUGGAACUUCUUAACAAGAAUACGCUCGGAAUACAGGUUGUUAACGGCCAGGCAGUGUCUAAUCGAGUCUCACAGCUGGCACGCACUACGUCGGAUGCCCCCAUUCCGCAGCCCCAGCGCCUUCCAUAA